CCGCGCCGAGCGUGCGCCUCGCCCUCCUCCCGCGCCCGCUCUGCUCUAGGAUGCUGCGGCAGGUUCUGCACAGGGGCUUGAGGACGUGUUUCUCCCGGCUCGGCCACUUCAUUGCCAGUCACCCUGUCUUCUUCGCCUCGGCGCCGGUGCUCAUCUCCAUCCUGCUCGGCGCCAGCUUCAGCCGCUACCAGGUCGAGGAGAGCGUGGAGCACCUGCUGGCGCCCCAGCACAGCCUGGCCAAGAUCGAGCGCAACCUCGUCAACAGCCUCUUCCCAGUCAACCGCUCCAAGCACCGGCUCUACUCGGACCUGCAGACCCCUGGGCGCUACGGCCGGGUCAUCGUCACCUCCUUCCAGAAAGCCAACAUGCUGGACCAGCAUCACACCGACCUGAUCUUAAAGUUGCAUGCUGCUGUGACCAGGAUCCAGGUUCCAAGGCCUGGUUUUAAUUACACGUUCGCCCACAUAUGUAUCCUGAAUAACGAUAAGACUUGCAUCGUGGAUGACAUAGUGCAUGUUCUGGAAGAGCUAAAGAAUGCUCGGGCCACCAACCGGACCAAUUUUGCUAUCACGUACCCGAUCACUCACUUAAAGGACGGGAGGGCAGUGUACAACGGGCACCAGCUUGGAGGUGUCACUGUGCACAGCAAGGACCGGGUGAAAUCCGCAGAGGCCGUCCAGCUCACCUACUACCUGCAGUCAAUCAACAGUCUCAAUGACAUGGUGGCUGAGAGGUGGGAGUCCAGCUUCUGUGACACCGUCCGACUAUUCCAGAAAUCCAACAGCAAAGUCAAAAUGUACCCUUACACGUCCUCGUCCCUGAGGGAAGAUUUCCAGAAGACCAGCCGUGUAUCGGAACGUUACCUGGUCACCAGCCUGAUCCUGGUGGUCACCAUGGCCAUCCUCUGUUGCUCUAUGCAGGACUGCGUCCGCAGCAAGCCCUGGCUGGGUCUGCUCGGGUUGGUGACCAUAAGCCUGGCCACUCUCACUGCGGCCGGAAUCAUCAACCUUACCGGUGGGAAAUACAAUUCCACCUUCCUGGGAGUCCCUUUCGUCAUGCUAGGUCAUGGAUUAUAUGGGACCUUUGAAAUGUUAUCCUCCUGGAGGAAAACUAGAGAAGACCAACACGUGAAAGAGAGAACUGCAGAAGUCUAUGCAGACUCCAUGCUCUCCUUUUCUCUCACCACUGCCAUGUACCUGGUCACCUUUGGCAUAGGGGCCAGCCCUUUCACGAACAUUGAGGCAGCCAGAAUUUUCUGCUGCAAUUCCUGUAUUGCAAUCUUCUUCAACUACCUCUAUGUACUCUCGUUUUACGGUUCCAGCCUGGUAUUCACUGGCUACAUAGAAAACAAUUACCAGCAUAGUAUCUUCUGUAGGAAAGUCCCAAAGCCUGAGGCACUGCAGGAGAAGCCGGCAUGGUACAGGUUUCUCCUGACAGCCAGAUUCAGCGAGGACACGACUGACGGCGAGGAAGCAAAUACUUACGAGAGUCACCUAUUGGUAUGUUUCCUCAAACGCUAUUACUGUGACUGGAUAACCAACACCUAUGUCAAGCCUUUUGUAGUUCUCUUUUACCUUAUUUAUAUUUCCUUUGCCUUAAUGGGCUAUCUGCAGGUCAGUGAAGGGUCAGACCUUAGUAACAUCGUAGCAACUGCGACGCAAACCAUUGAGUACACUACUGCCCAGCAAAAGUACUUUAGCAACUACAGUCCGGUGAUCGGGUUUUACAUAUACGAGUCCAUAGAAUACUGGAACACUAGUGUCCAAGAAGACGUGCUAGAAUACACCAAGGGGUUUGUGCGAAUAUCCUGGUUUGAGAGCUAUUUAAAUUACCUUCGGAAACUCAACGUGUCCACUGGCUUGCCUAAGAAAAAUUUCACAGACAUGUUGAGGAAUUCCUUCCUGAAAGCCCCCCAAUUUUCACAUUUUCAGGAGGACAUCAUCUUCUCUAAAAAGUACAAUGAUGAGGUUGACGUAGUGGCCUCCAGAAUGUUUUUGGUGGCCAAGACCAUGGAAACAAACAGAGAAGAACUCUACGAUCUCCUGGAGACCCUGAGGAGACUUUCUGUCACCUCCAAGGUGAAGUUUAUCGUCUUCAACCCAUCCUUCGUGUACAUGGAUCGAUAUGCCUCCUCUCUGGGAGCUCCCCUGCACAACUCCUGCAUCAGUGCUUUGUUCCUGCUCUUCUUCUCAGCAUUCCUGGUGGCAGAUUCUCUGAUUAAUGUCUGGCUCACUCUAACGGUCGUGUCCGUGGAGUUUGGAGUUAUAGGUUUCAUGACAUUAUGGAAAGUAGAACUGGACUGCAUUUCUGUGCUAUGCUUAAUUUAUGGAAUUAACUACACAAUUGACAACUGUGCUCCACUCUUAUCCACCUUUGUUCUGGGCAAGGAUUUCACGAGAACUAAAUGGGUAAAAAAUGCCCUGGAAGUGCAUGGGGUAGCUAUUUUACAGAGUUACCUCUGCUAUCUUGUUGGCCUGAUUCCUCUUGCAGCUGUGCCUUCAAAUCUGACCUGUACACUGUUCAGGUGCUUGUUUUUAAUAGCAUUUGUCACCUUCUUUCACUGCUUUGCCAUUUUACCUGUGAUACUGACUUUCUUGCCACCCUCUAAGAAAAAAAGGAAAGAGAAGAAAAAUCCCGAAAACCGGGAGGAAAUUGAGUGUGUAGAAAUGGUGGAUAUUGAUAGUACCCGAGUAGUUGACCAAAUUACAACAGUGUGAUAGGGUCUGCUUGUUGUGUUUUUCACCCUAGGUCUUAUCAGGAGCAGAGAGAUGACGUUAAUGAAACAAAUUUAAAGUUCUUCUUUGGUUUUUAGGGAUAAGAAAUAGGUGUUAACAAAAAAAGAAAAAAGAAAAAGUAAAGACAAGGCGGGGAAAUGGGCAUUGCAUAUUUUCAAUCUUUAAAACAAAAGGUUGUCAUCAGAGAAAAUUUACAGACACACACACACACCCUAAGAGACGCAUAGUCUCUCCAACUAAGAUCGAAUAGGAGAAAGCUUAUGAGCAAGCAGAAUCCUAUUUUAUUCACGCUGCAGAUAUUGCUGGUAUUGUGACAAAAACCUUCUGAUUGAAAGGUCAGCUUCCAAGGCAGAAAUAGCUUUGAGCACUGUUCAAACAAUAGGCUUCCAGAACUUCUGCAGAGCAGUAGCUCCAAGCAAGGUCUGUGGUUUAAGGUCUUAGCCAUCUCAUCUAGCUCCCCAACACCCCAAGGAGAUGCUUGUAAAAGUUCUGGCCAGCAAAAGCAAGCCAGAACCUCAGAAGCAGACACAUGGUAGAGUGGCCAUCACGCAGGGGCUGAAAUUGAGUCGCCUCGAAAUUCACCCAGGUGAGGCAGUUUUGUUAUCUAAAACAAGUUUAUCAUAUCCCCUCAUCGAUAUACUUUUCACAUUUGUAUGGUUUGGUUGAUAUACCUUUAAACCAAUGACAGUUCCAGCACUGCAGAAUUGGGGCGAUUCUAUUUUGGAGUAUCUUGUAGCUUGUCACCAAAUGGAUCUGCUUUAUUAGUUACAGCUCUUGGCAGGAGGCUCUGAGCACCAAAAACCACAGAACCAAACCCAAAUACCUGGCAUGAUGGAGGAAAAGCAGGUGUCUACUUGAACCCAGAGACAGUGUUUCUAUUUUAACAAAAAGCAAUGGCCAGCUGGUACAGCUGUUUGUGGUUUGGCCCUACAUGCAUUUUUUGCGUGGAUGCCCAGAAACAUCUGCCCACGCAUCGCUGAGGAAGGAGAAAUGAACACUGAAAUGGUUAUCUGCCAAAGCUUCCCACUUGUAGUAUCACUCUGCAUUCGCUUAGGAGAUAUCCCUGCUCAGAGAUACAGAGGAGAAAAGAAAGUUCUUUGGUGAGUAUAAGUCCUGAAACUGAGAUACUUCAGGCAGGGAGAUAAAGGGCUGAAAGAAAGUAAAUGGACAUGACUGGAAGAUGUAACCACCAAUAUAAAUCUAUCAAUGAUGACAGUCAAGCUUUCCUGCUAAACUGGCUGCACUUUCAUCUUCCUGGUCCCCUCACCACACCUUCGUUAGUGCCCCCACUCCCUCACUGCAUGGCCCUUCUGUACCUUCACGAGCCUAGAUGUUUAUAAUGUUGACUUACAGUUUCUACAGGUUCUAAACAGAAAGGGUUUGCUCUGAAGAGGCUGUGUAUGUUGCCCCAGACCCCUGCAUUUCUUUAAGUCUAUAAAAAUGAAGCUAAAACCUGGUCACACUUGAGGCAAACGUCUACAGUAUUUUUCCCUUUUAGAGACGUAGCUUAUUUAGAUAUCUGUAGUGGUAAGCAUUUCCCCAGAGCACCUUCCCUUUCUGGACCUUAUCGGAUGUGCUGUGCAACUUCCCCACCCCCCCGCAGAGGAGGAAACCGAGACCUAGGAGAAUGAAGCGACUCACCCAGGGUCACACCACUGGAGGGGUUCCAUCACUUUAGCAUGCCCAAGACAGGGCAGGCCAAUUUUAGAUUUUUCAUAAGAGGGCUAUUACUCCCUUAAAAGUACAUUUCCAAGGAAGAAACACAGGACUUAUUGGCCACAAGGCAGACUUUUUUUUUGUUUUAAUGUCUGGGUAAUGUUUGGGAUUUAGGUUUACCAUUGUCUUUCCAAACAGCAAAAAUGCCCAAAUGAUUCAGAUAUAACUACACCAAGUGCAAACCUGUGCUUUCUAUUUCAUGUACUGUUGUUCACACAGUUCUAAAUAUAUGUGCAGGGGAUCAUAGCUAGUGCAUUACACACUUGUUUAAUCUCUCCUGCAAACACACCAAGUGAUCAUACCAACAUGUUAUGCACUCAGCUAGAAGAUAAUGAGCUUUAAUCUAAGGACAAGUACAAUCCUCGAAAAAGGGCAAGUUCGCAUAAUAGAUCUGCGAUCAAUUCUCUCUCCAAGGGGCCUGCAACUAGGCUAUUAUUUAUAAAACACAGCUGAAGAGGGGAUUGGUUUUAUUCUUAAAUCAUAGGUUGCUAACUCAUUUUCUGAAGAGAGUGUUCUAAAUCAGCCAUUGAUUUAAGUGUUGGGCAUGUGGACCACCCCGGGUUAAAGGGACUCCACAAGACUGAUAACACACACACACACACACACACACAACACACACACACACACACACACACACACACACACACACACACACACACUCUCCCCCCCACCCAGUUAAGUGGAUUCUGGUGAGAAUUUAACCAUUCAGUUUGGUCAACCAGAGUGACUUCUGUGGAACUUUGUUUUAUGACAGAUAGUAGUUUUCCAACUUGACUGUGUCUCUGUAUACCUUGGGAUAUUGUAUUUUUAAACGAAGGGCAUUUUCAAACUUGUCAGCUUCUCUUUCCAGCACUUGAAAUCAAAGCUUAUGGAAUUCUGACUGUGGAAUGAAUGAAUUUUUUUACUAGGGGACUCUGCAUGCCAAGAUUUACUACUUAUUAUUAUUUAUUGUUAGAUCAUUCUUACUUAUUUGUUAAUAUUGAUUAUUAAUAAUUGCUCUAAUAGCAUUGGUUUAGCCCCACCAUGGAGAAGACACUUUAGAAGUAACUCAGAAUCACAUCCUCAUAAUACUGAAGUCUUUACUUCAUGAAGUUUUACUUUUUCAGUUGCUAUAAAGAGGGAAGGAACGAUUCCAGCAAACACUCGCAAGUUUUAUUUUUCAAUUAAUUCCAACCAAGACAUUAACGUUCACUUUACCAAAGAAACUUUUACUUGGUUGGUUUUGAGUUGGUAUUUGCUAUUUGUUUACCAAAGAAAACAUUCCAUUCAUCAAAAAUACUGCUCCUGGUCAACUAAAAAAAAUAAACUGUGAUACUAGGGCUUUCUUGGCCAUUCAUAAAGAAAAAAAGAAAAGUCAGAGUAAGGGUGAUAUUCUCUCACUGAGUGAAACUCAGCAGAUGAUGUAAAUUCACAAGAAACUGGGGGUUUGUAAGAAAGAAAAUGAUACUUGAAAUAGGACAUUACUGUUAAAUCUGACAGCAAUGGCUCAAUGAAUAACAUGAGGGCUCCUCAGGCUAAAAGGAGUACAUUUGUUCCACAGAAAAAAAAAGACAAACGCUGAUGAAACUCCUUCUCCAAAGUUCCAGCUCAUCAGUUUUGUGUUGGGUUUGGGGGAUUCGGGGGGGUUAGGUUUGGGGAGUUUGUUUUUGCUUCAGUUUCAUGUGUGCUGUGUGUUUGUGUUUGCUUGUUUUGCUCCCACCUUUCCUAUUUUUACCACCUCAGUUUUCAGGUAGAAGCGAGAUAAUCAGACGCCAUCCUCCAUGGCUACAGUUACUUGUGCAAUAUACUGCUCUGAGUAAGGCCCUUGAUAACCCUUUUGUUUUAAUGAACCUCCACCCAACUGUUCUGAGUGGCAUGCUGGGACCAUGACACCACUUUCCUCUGGCCCCAGCAAUGGAGCUUGGCUGUGUCUAUCUCAAGAACGGGUGGGCUGGGCAGCCGCCUUGGGGGUGUGGCAUGAGGCAGAGCCUCUUGGACACAAAUGAUAUCCUCCUCAUAAUGGCUUUUUAUUCCUUCGGAUCCUAUUAAAGUAGUCCUGCAGCUUAUAGUAGUGUUUGAUCUCUGUGAAUCUCUGUUUUCUCAUCUGUGAAAUGGGGAUAAUAACAGUAACAAUCUUUAAACUCAGCAAAUACUUAGUGCCUCGUAUCACUCAGAUACUGUUCUGGAGACUGGGGACAGCAGUAAACAAAGCAGAUUUAAAUGAUAUAUAUAUAUCUGCCCUCAG